AUGCAAGUGGCAAACGCAACCAGACAUAUUGGAAAAAUCAGACCAAGGUACAAUGGUCCGAACGGGAAGAGACGGAUCGCGGUUUGCGAGAAGGAUUACAGAAUAGCUUCGGCUACUUACGAGUUUGCUUUGAAACCAGUGUCUGAAUUAAAACCUUAUGAUUAUUUUAAGGAAAGAGCGUUUAACUAUGAGUUUAAGGACGCCAAGAGACUAGCAAAGUUUGCUAUUAACGCUGUGAACAACUGCCAAAACGUUUGGAAAACAGGUGGUCCGGUUCAAGCGUCUCCUAUGACUGACUAUAACAGUGUUAUUCAGAAAAUAGAUGUUAUUAUUUCUCAAGUUCUCGAAGAUUUUGCGUGA